AACAUCUCAGCAGGGGUCCACAAGCUCAAAAAAGUGAAAUAUUUUCUCUGGACAGGCAGUCCUGGGUUUGUCGCCGUCUGGUGGCCACUUAGAGAGAGAGAGAGAGAGAGAGAGAGAGAGAGAGAGAGAGAGAGAGAGAGAGAGAGAGAGAGAGAGAGAGAGAGAGAGAGAGAGAGAGAGAGAGAGCAUGUCGCCUCCUGUUGCUGCGCCUCACUGUGGGAUCUGCUGUCGACCUUUCAGACUGAACACAUGAACGCAGAAAGCUUUCUUUCCGCGUUUCCUCGCUAUGAGCGAGCCGGAGGUUUGGCGGAGUGAAGCAGCACCGCGUCUGCUCUGAGUCCGGAGCGGCAAACCAGCUUGUCAUUGCGGGGGGAUUUUUUCUUUUUUCUUUUUUCUUUUUUUUUUUUUUACAAUUUUUUUGUGACCCAACUUGGCAGAGAAAGUCACUCGCUGCUGUGCUUGUGCUGCCGGAGCUUGUUUGUUUGCAGAGAAAGUGUGAAACAAGUGUGAGAAAGAGAGCAACAGAUGUUUUUUGGUGGAUAUGCGGCCGGCUGAGGAAUGAGAGCAGCAGCGAGGCACCGGCGGCCCUUCCAGCGGUUCUGCUGCUGUGGAGUCGGGCUGCUCGCCGUCAUUUGGCUCGCACAGGUCAUCCAGACACCAGGGACCGAGUCUUCUGGGUUUCGGCAAGGCGAGACAGGCGAGGAGCUGCGAUGGAGUCGCCGGCUGAUGCAGGAGAAGACAGACAACCAGAGCCUGGAUGAGCCCCGAGCAGCCAUCCACGAGUUCCCAGAAGACAUUUUUACCAAGGAGCAGAGGAAGAAGGGGGCUGUGUGUCUGCAUGCACUUUGUGCCAUCUACAUGUUCUACGCUCUGGCCAUCGUCUGUGAUGACUACUUUGUCCCUUCCCUCGAGAAAAUAUCUGAGAACCUGCAGCUCAGUGAAGAUGUGGCCGGAGCGACGUUCAUGGCUGCAGGAAGCUCUGCUCCCGAGCUUUUCACCUCUCUCAUUGGUGUCUUCAUCACCAAAGGAGACGUCGGAGUCGGCACCAUCGUUGGCUCUGCCGUCUUCAACAUCCUGGUCAUCAUCGGCCUGAGUGGGAUCUUUGCGGGCCAGACGGUGGUCCUGACGUGGUGGUCCCUUUUUAGAGAUUCCUCCUACUACAUCCUCACUGUACUGACUCUCAUCAUGGUUAUCUACGAUGAAACUGUUGUCUGGUGGGAGUCCUUGCUCCUCAUGACCAUGUAUGGAAUCUACAUUAUAAUUAUGAAGUUCAACUCCCAACUUCUGGCGUUUGCGACGCGUCAGCUCAGGACCUCCCGGCCGUGCUGCUUUGGAUCAGAGAACAGGGAGGACAAGAUGGGAGAAGAUGCUUCAGCUUGCAACACCUCCAUGGUGCUUCUCAACAAAGGUCAAGGAAACAGUCAGGAGGCUCCUCCAGUCAUCAUGGUGGAUGAGCUUUUCAUCCUCAACCCCCACAAACUGUCCUUCUCCGACGCUGGCCUGCGUAUCAUGAUCACCCCACACUUCUCCCCCCGCACCAGGCUCUCCAUGGCAGGACGCAUGCUCAUCAGCGAGAGACAGAGGCUGAUCCAGAGUUCGAAGAACCAGCGGGACGGAGAGGCCGGCCCCGGGUCUCGAGGGGGAUCCACCAGCAACAGCCUGAAGAGGUCGGGCUCCUGCAGUCUGGAGAACGGAGGCAGGAGACCCGGUACGGGAGACGCAGAGUCAGGGGACAAGCCAGGCGCCAAGGUGGGCCAGGCAGAAGAGGAAGAGGAGGAUGAUGAUGGGAUUUUCAGUCCUGUGCGCAUACCAGGUAGCUGCUGUGCGCGGGUGAAGUGGGUGAUUACUUGGCCUCUGGGCCUCCUGCUCUACUGCACUGUGCCUAACUGUAUUCUGCCACGCUGGCACCGCUGGUUCAUGGUCACCUUUGUGGCCUCCACCCUGUGGAUCGCCAUCUUCUCCUACCUCAUGGUGUGGAUGGUCACUAUCAUCAGCUACACACUAGACAUCCCAGACUACAUCAUGGGAAUAACCUUCCUAGCAGCAGGGACCAGCGUGCCGGACUGCAUGGCAAGUCUGAUUGUAGCUCGACAAGGCAUGGGGGACAUGGCGGUGUCUAACUCCAUAGGCAGCAAUAUCUUUGAUAUCCUGCUGGGUUUGGGUUUUCCCUGGGCUUUGCGUACCCUUGUGGUGGACCAUGGAUCAUCAGUCUCCAUAAAUAAUAAAGGACUGGUGUAUUCUGUCGUCCUGCUGCUGGCAUCUGUGUUUCUGACGGUGACCAGUGUUCAUCUGAACCGCUGGAGGCUGGAUCGCAGGCUGGGUCUGGGUCUGUUGUUUCUCUAUGCCAUCUUCCUGCUCUGCUCCAUCUUCUUUGGACGGAUGUGAGGCCUUAAAGGUCAAAGGUCAACAUGAUGCUUACCUACUUUCUUACCACACGUCCUCUUUCCUGAAGCCAAAAAAAAGAGUGACAGCGUUGUUGUGUUUCCUUGUGAGAGUUUCUGUGCACCUCCUGUAGGACCCGCUAGGGUGAUACUUUACACAUGCAACUACACAGAUACACACUGAAGUCUUUUAUCAGUAGCACAGUUUAUUUUUUCUCCUUUUCGUACAGUGCAGUGUUUGAAAACAGUCUUUAAAGUAUCAAAUUGGGUGACAUACCAAAAUAUUUAAUGACAUGGCAGAUGGAAGUAUAUAAAUAUAUAUAUGUAGUUUUUUUUUUUAAUAAAUUGUGUCCUAUUUAAUUAAAGCAAUAAGCCAUUAGAAGUUUAGAUUUACAGUGAUUUAAAGUAGUUUGUUCUUCCCAUUAUUGCAGCUUUGUUUUAAUUCAUUUAUUAUAUUAAACAAUACAGGAUCACUGUCAGUUUGUUGACUAUUUAGUCACUCAAAAAUGAUUUAUAAUGAAAUAUCAUAUAAAUCUAAUAAUACAUUAAAUAUAGCGUUCUGUUUGUGAGGAGUCUUCAAUAUUGUACGUAUUG